UCCGGUACAGGUCAUGUCGCCGGAAAUACGACGCAGUUGUGCUCUGAGAAUUGUUUCCCGGAGAUGGCGGGCGACGUCUGAAAGUAAAUAUUAAGAUAAAAAAAAACAUAAAAAAACAACCCGAGAAAACCCGAGGAAUUAGAGACGAGGCCUGGGAAAAUCUGCGAAAGCUCCAAACACCGGGCUUGAGUCGAACUGGAAUCCAGGUAGUGACGAUAAAAGAGCGGCUAAAGAAAUCAAAACAAAACAGAGGGCUCGGUGGAGCGCAGUUCUGAGGUGAACUUCGCCCACAGACGCCAUGCCAGCCCUACUGGAACGCCCCAAGCUGUCCAACGCCAUGGCGCGGGCACUGCACCGGCACAUCAUGAGAGAGCGAGAACGCAAGAGGCAAGAGGAAGAGGAGGUGGAUAAGAUAAUGGAGCAGAAGAUGAAGGAGGAGGAGGAGAGGAAGAGGAAGAAGGAGAUCGAGGAGAGGAUGUCUCUGGAAGAGACCAAGGAGCAGAUCAUGAAGAUGGGGGAGAAGCUGCAGCUCCUGCAGGAGGAGAAGCACCAGCUGUUCCUGCAGCUCAAGAAGGUCCUGCACGAGGAGGAGAAGAGGAGACGCAAAGAGCAGAGUGAUAUGACCACUCUGACUUCACAAACCUACCAGCAGGGAAUGCCCCUUCAUUCCAGCCCGCACCACCUGAUCAUGCAGGGGAGUCCAGUGAAUCACAAUCGGUCCAGCGCUCUCCUCAGUGAACGCAGUAAGCAGCUCUUCCAGGCCCCAGUCAUUUCGGGGCGUCACUACCAGAGCCAGCCAGGCUUCAGUGGCGGAACCGCGGAACACGGGCAGUACCAGAGCAGCCAAUCAGCACACGGCACCUACAGCGUGAGCCAAUCACAGCACGCCUCUCAAUACGCCCCCGGGCAGCCUGUGCCAGUGAGCUAUGCAGGGAGCCCCCAGCUUAGAGGCUGUGUAUCGCUUGCAGGUGCCUCUGCGUUCCAGACCAUGCAGUACCUCCCUCACCAGCAGGGCGGCUACGCCAUGCACAGCCACUUCACGCCCCAGCAAGCAGGUUUUAUUCAGACUACAGGGAUCCCCCUACAGAAGCAGUUGGAACAUGCCAACCAGCAGUCUGGCUUCACUGACUCGAGCACACUGAGACCCAUGCACCCCCAGGCUCUGCACCCCACCGCUGGGCUGCUGCCCACCCCCCCCAUCACCGUGCAGAUCCCCCCCGCCAAGUCUGGCUUGCCGUACGCCCACCCCCCUCGCCCCGCCUCUCCAGGGAGUUUCACCCACGGGACCCCGCCUCAGCCCACACACUCUGUGACUUUCCAGAGCUCCCCACAGCCCGCCCCUCGCCACGCCUACAUCUCUCACAGCCAACCGGGACAGCGCUUCUACCACAAGUAACCGUGGCAACAGAGAGAGAGGGGGAGGGGGGCGUGUCCUAACCACCCUGGGCUUGUUAAAAUCCUCUGCUGUCCUGUUUUGUUUUUCUAAGAAGAUCUGUGGAUUUCAUUUCCGUGGCUUUUUACAUUUUUUUUUUUUUCAGCGCUGAAAGUGCUCCCUGUUUCCAAGCGAACUCAGUUCUGUGGGUCUCUAGGGUGAGAUUUUUCUCUUUCGGUUCUGUGCGAUCUGGUUCCCUAAAGCCUGUGUUCCAACAGGCAGCUUUUUUCUGUUAACUUUUCACGAAACUCUCUGUAGGGAAGAUGUUUUCUGCCAGCAGUUUUUCACCAGCUUAGCUCGGUGGAAAAAUACUGAAGAAUGGAUUUCACAAUUUCUGUGACGUUCUCUGUAUAAUAACUGUAAGAGAAAAUUGACGGGUUUUGAAUGAGGCAACGCUAUUCUUUUUUCUGGUUGAACAAAUGUGUUUAUAAUCGUGAAAUAUCUGUUUUUAGACCCUGAAAAAAUGUAACCCUGUCCGUGCCUGUUAAAUACUCAAUAGUGCUGAAUUUAGUAAACUAAAAGAAACUUAAUAAACUCACUGGCAAACGUUUCCACGAGAAGCCCAUGUCAAAUUCCACGCCAGACGCUUCGAAAGAAGACAUUGGAAAAGACUUCUAGUCGCAAACGUUUGUCAUGAAAUUAAGUUUCUUUUAAUGUAUCAAGAAUUUCAGCUACAAAGGAAAUGAUUCACGGACCCGAGUCACUCGCACUGCCUUUUCAUCAAGAGAACCCAGCGUGGCUCGUUUUGGAGAUUUGAAUUGAACUCUGUAGACAAUACAAUACAAUGGCUUUGUCUCUGGAUGCAUUAAACUGUAGAAAAUCACAUUAAAAGGAUACACAAAUCCAGACUGAUUGCUUUUUCGGUACAGUGUUUUUUGAAAUAGGCCACUAAUGAUGACAUUGUAGCAGUGAAGGUGUCCAAAUAAUAAGAGAGAUCAUUAUUAACUGGGUUUGCGUCACUGCACCAGAAUUAAGUAGCUCAGUGGUUCAAGAAAGAGCUGGGCUGCAGUGUGGAAGGCAGCGGGUUUGAGUAGCUCUGGUUAGAGAAAGAAAGAAAGCGCUGGGCUGCAGCGUGGAAGGCAGUGGGUUUGAGUAGCUCAGUGGUUAGUGACAGCACUGGGCUGCAGCGGGUUUUGAGUAGCUCAGUGGUUAGUGACAGCGCUGGGCUGCAGCGGGUUUGAGUAGCUCCGUGGUUAGUGACAGCGCUGGGCUGCACUGGGUUUGAGUAGCUCAGUGGUUAGUGACAGCGCUGGGCUGCAGUGGGUUUGAGUAGCUCAGUGGUUAGUGACAGCGCUGGGCUGCAGCGGGUUUGAGUAGCUCAGUGGUUAGUGACAGCGCUGGGCUGCAGCGGGUUUGAGUAGCUCAGUGGUUAGUGACAGCGCUGGGCUGCAGUGGGUUUGAGUAGCUCAGUGGUUAGUGACAGCGCUGGGCUGCAGCGGGUUUGAGUAGCUCAGUGGUUAGUGACAGCGCUGGGCUGCACUGGGUUUGAGUAGCUCAGUGUUUGGACAGAAAGAAAACUGAUCUACAGCAUUACAGAAGAUUGCUACUGUCAUUGUAAACUAAGGCCACAUAAUUGUGUACAUUUACUGCUUUGAUGUUCUCUGUACGUGUGUGUUUUUUUCUUCCUUUUAAAUCUCUUUUUGUACCUCGCAAUGCCUUUGUCUAAUAGCUUUGCAAUGAUAAUAAUGUCUAGCAUUUAUAUUUUUGUGGUCAACGAAUAAAAAACAAGUGCUUUUUUUUUU